UAUCAAAUAUAUAUAAAUUUAACCAAAAAUAAUCAAUAUAAUGGCACAAAACUCUGAUCAUCAGCCCCAACUUUUGGUAAUUGUAAUGAUAUUUGGUGCAAUCCUCCUGAUCAGUGGAGGAGGUGUGUCUGCCAAUGGCGAUCCGGUGAAUGGAGUAGGGGCUUGGGAUGCUGAAAAGUAUUACUUGAAAGAGUUAGGGGAAUACGCUGUGGCAGCUCACAACCUUGUAUCCCAACACCCGUUGACGUUUCAGAAGGUGAUCACAUGUAGUCACCUUCCGGAACUCAGUCACAAGCUGACCAUCGCUGCUGCAGACGGUGGUGUUACACAUACAUACGAAGCUGUGGUUUGCUCCAAACCAUGGAUCCAGUACAAGAAACUGAUUUCCUUUAAAGCCCUUUAAGCGAAAUUCUAAUAUAAUUGUACUUGCUAUCUAUAUAUGAAUAAAGUUUUAAUGAUAUAUAUACUAGUUAUAUA